UAGACUCCAGUCUAUUGAAGUUGUUUGGUCACUAAUCUAAUGUUAGGCUAUAUAUUGAAUGGUGACUGAAUAAUAUUAUAUCUCUGAAUGGAUUCCAGCAGUGUAUUUGAGACAGACCUGAACUUCUGUCCUGAUUGUGGCACCAUCCUACCGUUACCAAGUAAAGAAGAAUUUGUCCAGUGUGUCAAAUGCCGUUAUAAACUAGAUCUUAAGAAAUUCCAUGGAAUAUCAACUGAAUAUAAACUAACAUUUAAUAAAAUAGAAGAUAUGAUUACUGACAGUAGGAAGGAUUCUGAGGAAGCUACUAGUGGGCCGUUAACUGACCGAGUGUGUUCUAAUUGUGGUAAUGAAGGAAUGACCUAUACCACACGUCAAACUCGUAGUGCUGAUGAGGGCCAGACUGUGUUUUAUAGUUGUCCUGAGUGUAAACAUCAAGAAAUAGAAUAUUCAUGAUUUUAUUGUUCAUAUAUUUCACUGCAUUGAAACAGGAAUACUUAUUUUAGGACUGCGUGGUGCCAUUGCUAUAUACAGCAUAUUAUAUGCCAGAGUACAUGUAGGUUUGUGUGUUUGUCUUUUCAACUAAAAUCAUACUAAUGACUAACUAAUUUUCACAUAAUUAAUAGACUUAUCUACUGCUCUGUGACCUAGCCCAGUGCUUUUAUCAGACUACGUUCUCAUCACCGUCUAACAUUAACAACCAAUAAGUGAUAAUUCCGUGUUAAAGUGAAUGAGAAUAGUAUUCUAAAAAAAAGUCCUAGGUCAUGAAGUAGGAAUCAAAAUUUAGCAAAUUUUGAAAAUUUAUAUUUGUUUAAGAAAAUGUUGAUUAGAAAAUACCAAUAAAUAUCAUUAGCUACACUUGAUUCUCUUCAAAAGAAUGUUAUAUAGACUAUUACAGUUCCAGAGUUACACAAGUUGUGUUAGGGAGUCUAGUGUUGCCAGUUCAAUUAGCAUUAGCAUAGAUAGAAUAAUAUAAACAGCUUUGUGAACUUCCAAAAACAGUGCUGAGAUGAUAGACCAAGCUGCAGGGGCAGUGUUAGGUGAACCAGACAAGCGAUGGCAUUAUGCUGUGAUGAAAUUUGCUAACCGACUGUAUGUAUUCAAAUGGAUGAUAAAUUUAUUCAUUAGAAGAUUCUCUUUUCUGACUUUCUCUUCAUGAAUGGCAUUGAUGGAUUUCAUUUAGAAUUGUGUUCACUUUUUAUCAUUUUCUUUUUUCCAAAAUAAAAAGUAAUUUAAAGAGUGUAA